AGCCGUGACAGCUCACCGCUUUUAUGCGCCCGAAGUGGCGCGUCUGGCAGCUGCUCCACUCCUCCCCUCUCCUGAUUGGCUGUUGGGGCAGCGCCGCGCCCAGCGAUUGGCCCAAGGUUGAUCUUUCACACUUGUCCCCAGAGGAGAGAUGGAGGGUGGAGCACGUACGGAUGCAUGCCAAGCACCGUGGGCACGAGGCGAUGCAUGCCGAAAUGGUCCUCAUCCUCAUUGCCACGCUUGUGGUGGCACAGCUCCUCCUGGUUCAGUGGAAGCAGCGGCACCCUCGCUCCUACAAUAUGGUGACCCUCUUCCAGAUGUGGGUAGUGCCUCUGUAUUUCACUAUCAAGCUGAACUGGUGGCGGUUCCUGGUGAUCUGGGUGCUCUUCUCAGCAGUCACAGCUUUUGUCACCUUCCGGGCAACUCGAAAGCCUCUGGUACAGACAACACCCAGGCUGGUUUAUAAAUGGUUUCUACUAAUAUACAAGAUCAGCUAUGCUACUGGGAUCGUGGGGUACAUGGCUGUCAUGUUUACGCUUUUUGGUCUUAACUUAUUAUUCAGAAUCAAACCAGAAGAUGCGAUGGACUUCGGCAUCUCCCUCCUCUUCUAUGGUCUUUACUACGGAGUGCUGGAACGGGACUUUGCUGAAAUGUGUGCGGAUUACAUGGCCUCAACCAUCGGGUUCUACAGCGCCUCAGGGAUGCCCACCAAGCACCUCUCCGACAGCGUCUGUGCCGUCUGUGGCCAGCAGAUCUUCGUGGAUGUCAAUGAGGAGGGGAUCAUUGAGAACACCUACCGCCUCUCCUGCAACCACGUGUUUCAUGAGUUCUGCAUCCGGGGCUGGUGCAUUGUCGGGAAGAAGCAGACGUGUCCAUACUGCAAAGAGAAGGUGGAUCUCAAGAGGAUGUUCAGUAAUCCCUGGGAGAGGCCACACGUCAUGUAUGGGCAGCUGCUGGACUGGCUGCGCUACUUGGUGGCCUGGCAGCCAGUGAUCAUCGGACUGGUCCAGGGAAUCAACUACAUCCUGGGGCUGGAGUAAGGGCAGAUGGUGGGGAGCCGCAGAACCACGAGAGGACAUUGCCACCAGGGAUGUUGGCUUUGCUCCGUCACCUCUCAGGACCUUGGUCACCCCUGAGGACAGCAACAUUGGGGCCCAUCCUGCCGGGCCUAGGGGAGGAUUUUUUUAAAAAGCAAUUAUUUUAAUGAGCAUAUUUAAAACUUUCUAUUGGAGCCAAAAAGAGACGCUUGUCCCCUUUCCCUGCCCCUCUCCAGCCCUUCGCAGUGCCCUGCUGGGCUGAGCUUUGGGCUGGGGACUGUUCUCCAGCUCCUUCCUGCCGCUCUGCCAGGGGAGGCCAUGGGGAGAAGGGCCAAGGCUUUGCCGGCUCCAACGCCGGUACCCCAGAGCAGCCUUGCUGGCAGUGAGGAUGGGAUAUGGGGGCUGCGGAGGAGAGGCUGGAGCCCAGCGCCCUGAAAGAGGGGAUGGAAGGUCACCUGGCUACCCCUGGCUGCUGCAUCUGCUCUGGGCACCAUGGGUGUGCCAGGAGGAAACAAGCUGCUCUCUGGCAUGCUGAUGAUGGGCUCUGCCUUGGGGAACCCUUUUAUAUGCUCCCAAAUUUUCUGUGUUCCUCCCUGGAGGCCAGCGGUGUCCCGACUGCUCAGGGGGGGUCAGCCAAGGCAUGGAGUGGGGCCAGUGCUGUUCCUCUCUGUGCCCUGUUGGGUGAUGGUAAUGGUACAUCAAGAGCAGCCAAGAGUGGGUGCCCCUGCCCCAGGGCGCGGGUUCGCCCUCACUGGGUAUUGCUCUUGGCACUGGAAUAAAAGGGAUGGAGUGAAGGUUGGGCUGGUGCUGGUGUUUCCCUGCCCCAGCAUUACUCCAUGACAUCCUCCUGGCCAUGCUGGUACGAGCCAUGCCACAGUCCUGCUGGUGCGAGUGGCCUUGGGCUCUUUCUGGCAGUGAGUGGGGGCAAAUUCCCCAAUCCCAGGGCCAGUGGUGGUAUUUUGGCAUGUGAAGACUUGAGUCAUAUUCUCUGCGGGCACUGGGGCUGGUGGAUGGCUACAAGGCAGCUCCUGGCUCAGGGGAUUUGGGAAGUGGCCACAGUGGUGGCAUGGCUGUGGGUGCUGUGUGGGCUGUGUUCCCCCCGGGGAACCCCAGCACCCUGCUGCACCCUCUGAGUUUUCUUUUGGGUGAAAUCACAUUGCAGUGUUGUGCCAAACACCAAAAUAAGAGCCCUGGAAACGGA